AUGAAAGAUUUUGAAAUGAGAUGGGAUGCAUUAAUGGUAAAAUAUAAGUUACAAGACAAUAAAUGGAUGAAAGAUAUGUUUGAUUUGAGAAGCAGUUGGAUUCCAACCUAUUUUAAAGAUGUACCGAUGUCAGGUCUAAUGAGAACAACUUCUCGGUCAGAAAGUGAGAAUUCAGCAUUCAAUAGGGUAUCGCAUCAUGGUAAUACGUUAAACAAUUUCAUGUAUGCUUUUGAGUCUAUUAUGGAAAGGCAAAGGAAUAAUCAGAUCAAAUUUGAUUUUGAUACAUCUACUAUAAUUCCAAUCAUCAAAACACCUAUUGAAGAUAUGGAGAAACAUGCAUAUAUGGUAUACACCAGGACUAUUUUUCUCAUGGUGCAGAGGCAGAUUCUUCAUUCACUUGUUUCUUGUUCACAUAAGAGCGUUACUUCAGGCGUUGUUUCCGAAAUAUGCAUUGUCAAACAUAAAAGGACAAAUCUAUCAAAGAAGAAGGUAGUAGUUGAGAAAAAAGAAAAGGUUGACAUCGAUUGUGAAUGGAAUUUUAACACAAGUGAAGGUGAUUUCGAGGUUGAAUUCAACAGAGAAGAUCUAACGGUGAAAUGUUCAUGCAUGCUUUUUGAGCGGUUUGGAAUUUUUUGUAGACACAUCUUCUAUAUUCUAAAGAUUUAUGACAUACAAGAGAUUCCGUCAAGAUACAUUCUUAAGAGAUGGAGAAGAGAUAUUAUCCCGACCACAGUUUUGAAAAGGACGUUUAGAUAUGGUGUUUCGUCUGGAAAUGUUGAGAAGGUUGCAUACAAAGCUUUUUCCAUGCUUGAUCAAUGCUUGUCUUCAUUAAGUAAUGAUGACAAGAAGUUAGAAGAGUUCAUGCAAAAUCUAGAAGUUUUUAUGACUAAUAUUAGUGAACAAGGUUCAGACGAAUCCCCGGCUACAAAAGAAGCUCAUAUUGAUAAACUUUACGGAGCUACUACGAAUCCUGUAGUUGUUGAUGUUGAAAAUCCACCUAUGAUGAAGAAUAAAGGUUCUGGCACAAGAAAACAUUUAAAAAGUGUUUUGGAGAAGGCUACUAUUCAAGGUAACAAGCAAUCAAGAUCAUGCAAAACAUGUGGGGUUAAAGGGCAUAAUUCAAGGAAAUGUUUGACAUUGUUGAAUAACUCCAAGAUGUUUUGUAUAUACGAAUGA